UUAUUUCACAGCACGGCAUGCUCAAUUGUCGCGCGUCUGUCGAUUAGUUCGCAUCGUGUUGCUGUCGGUUACUCAUCUGUGCUGAGAGUGGAGAUUUUUUUACUAAGAAACAUAUAUUUAUAAUUCUUUUCUGUGAUUUAAUGAACGCUGGUAAAAAAUACAAAGAUGCAAUGAGCGACGAAAGCAGUGGAAGUGAUUUCGACGACGAUGAAGAUCCAGACAAGAUCGAAGUUCCUGGCGGAGGGAAAGACCUCGCCACUGCUGCUGGGAUUGCGAGCAUCAAAGAAGAAAAUGAGUCCAAUGCAUCCGACACAACGAUGAAAACCACUCCUAUCACCAAUGCACCAAACAUAAAAGGAGCAAAAAUUCCGGAAGGUCUAGUGACUAAACCACCAACUCCCGGAUAUGAAAUGGUACGUGUAGGUGGUUCUCAAGGCAAUACCCAAAAUUUUCCAAAUGCCAAUAUGAUGAAUCAGAUGAACCAGAUGAAUCAAUUUGGAAAUACUGGACCAUACGGUCAAUUCCCUGGCAAUUUAGGACAAUUUCAAAAUUUUAAUCCAGCAACUCUUCUUCAAAAUAUGGAAAUGGGAAAUUUGAUGGGUACAUUCAUGGGAAUGGCUGGUAUGGGUGGCGCGGGAGGAUUCAACCCUUUUUUGCAAUUGUUGAAUCAAGGUGGAUUCAACCAAAAUUGGGGAUCUGGUCUCCCAGGAAAAGCUGUACAACAAAUGUGGAUGAAUGCAAUGGAUCCAACGAAAAUGAUGCAACCAACAAUUCCUGAAGAUGAAGAGGCUGAUGACGAUGAAAUGGGUGUUGCAGAGACCUACGCAGAUUAUAUGCCAACGAAAUUAAAACUUGGUCGCAAACAUCCUGAUCCAGUUGUCGAGACUGCAUCGUUGUCGAGUGUAGAACCUACUGAUGUUUGGUACAAAAUAUCUAUUCCAGAAGAAACAAUAAAAUCUGGCGCGCUUUCUGCGUUACAACUUGAGUCAAUCACGUAUGCGUCACAGCAGCAUGAGCAGCUAUUACCUGAUGGUACGCGUGCUGGUUUUCUGAUCGGUGAUGGCGCUGGUGUUGGUAAAGGUCGUACCAUUGCUGGUAUUAUAUUUGAAAAUUAUCUGAAAGGUCGUAAACGUGCCAUUUGGGUGUCCGUGUCUAAUGAUCUCAAGUAUGACGCUGAACGCGAUUUAAAAGAUAUUGGCGCCGGUAAAAUAGAUGUACAUGCAUUAAAUAAGUUUAAAUAUGCUAAAAUAGCUUCAUCAGUUAAUGGUAAUGUUAAAAAAGGUGUUAUAUUUAGUACAUAUUCCGCGUUAAUCGGUGAGUCUUCACAGAGCAGCGGUGCAAAGUACAAAAGUCGGCUUAAACAAUUACUCCAAUGGUGUGGGGAUGAUUUUGAUGGUUUAAUAAUAUUCGAUGAGUGUCAUCGAGCUAAAAAUUUGUGUCCUACUGGUAGUUCAAAACCUACUAAAACAGGUUUAACCGUAUUAGAGUUACAAACUAAAUUGCCAAAGGCACGAGUUGUGUACGCCAGUGCUACUGGAGCUUCUGAGCCCAGGAAUAUGGCCUAUAUGGUACGACUGGGUAUGUGGGGUGAGGGAACACCUUUUGCUGAGUUUAAUGACUUUAUAGCAGCCGUGGAAAAACGUGGUGUAGGUGCUAUGGAAAUAGUUGCAAUGGACAUGAAGCUACGAGGUAUGUACAUUGCACGCCAGUUGAGUUUCCAUGGUGUCGCCUUCAAAAUUGAAGAGGUUCCUCUAUCAGAAGAAUUUACCGACGUAUAUGACUCUUCUGUAAGACUAUGGGUUGACGCUAUGCAAAGGUUUCACGAAGCUGCUGAGCUUAUAGAUGCUGAAAAUAGGAUGAAAAAAACAAUGUGGGGUCAAUUUUGGUCGUCGCAUCAGCGGUUUUUCAAGUACCUAUGUAUUGCAGCCAAAGUAAAGCAUGCAGUUUCUGUUGCGCGUGAGGCUGUUAAGUGUGGUAAAUGCGUUGUCAUUGGUCUCCAAUCAACUGGUGAAGCAAGAACACUCGAGCAACUUGAGCGCGAUGAUGGAGAAUUAAGUGACUUUGUAUCUACAGCCAAAGGUGUAUUACAAACACUAGUGGAGAAACAUUUUCCAGCACCGGAUCGUAAUAGAAUUCAACGGCUUCUUGGUCUUGAACCACCUAAACCAAUAAUACCAAUCGUCAUACUUGAAGAAGAUCCUCCAGUUACGACAGCUAGUGGUAGUAAGAGGAAACCUGUACGACAAGCUGCACAAAGAGCUAGUAAAAAAGUACGUGCGUGGGAGGAAUCAGAGGAAUCUAUUUCAGAAGAAGAAAAAAAUGGUGGUCAUAGUUCUGGUUCAGAAUUUAAAAUAAGUGGAUCUGAAAGUGAAGAAGAAGCUAAUCGUUCAGAUGCUGAGAGUAAUGCCAGCUCAGAUUUUAAUCCAUUUUACAGUGAUAGUGAUUCUGAUGCUGAUCCAUGGGACAGACGGAAAAAAAGAGGAAGAAAACCGAAGAAACCAGUGAAGAAAAGAUUAACUACACAAGAUAAAAUACAGUCGAUGUUGACUUUAAAAACUCAAAAUUCGCGUAAUAAUAAAAAGAAUGGAGAUGCUGUGCCAACGGUGGGUAUCAAUGCUGCUGGACGACCUACAAUGACUGGAGCACCUCCACGAGACGCCAUUGAGCGGGCAUGUUGUAUGAAAGAAGAAUUAUUGGCACAAAUUGAAAAACUAGGAGAAAAACUUCCACCGAAUACACUUGAUCAGCUUAUUGACGAACUUGGUGGUCCAGAAAAUGUAGCCGAGAUGACUGGAAGAAAGGGUAGAGUUGUACAAACCGAAGACGGCCAGAUUCAGUAUGAAUCACGAUCUGAAGUUGAUGUUCCUCUGGAAACUUUAAAUCUUACUGAGAAGCAACGGUUUAUGGACGGAGAAAAAACAGUGGCUAUUAUAUCAGAAGCCGCUAGUAGUGGUAUUUCACUGCAAAGUGAUCGUCGUGCUCGAAAUCAAAUGCGACGUGUUCAUAUAACUCUUGAGCUUCCUUGGAGCGCAGACCGUGCGAUCCAACAGUUUGGACGUACUCACCGUUCGAAUCAAGUAAACGCUCCAGAGUAUAUCUUCCUUAUAUCAGACUUAGCUGGUGAGAGACGAUUUGCUUCGACUGUAGCUAAACGUCUUGAAAGUUUAGGUGCGCUGACACACGGAGAUCGUCGUGCGACUGAAACCAGAGAUUUAUCACAAUUUAAUAUUGACAACAAGUAUGGUCGUUCUGCUUUAGAGGCUACUAUGAAGACAAUUAUGGGCUAUGAAGCUCCAUUGGUACCACCACCGCAAGACUACCGCGGAGACUUUUUCAAAGACGUAGCCGACGCAUUGGUAGGUGUUGGGCUCAUCUGCAAUAGUGAAAAUAUGCCAGGUGUUUUAUCACUUGACAAGGAUUACAAUAAUAUUUCAAAAUUCUUAAAUCGAAUACUGGGAAUGCCUGUAGAUUUACAGAAUCGUUUAUUCCAAUACUUUACUGAUACAUUAAACGCUAUUAUUACGCAAGCCAAGAAGACUGGUCGUUUUGACAUGGGUAUCCUCGAUCUCGGUGCUUCUGGUGAGAAUGUCAAGCGCGUUAAAUUGUAUCGAUUUUUGAGAAAACACGCAACAGGUACAGCACCAACAGAAUUACACGUUGUACAUGUUGAACGUGGUAUGAGUUGGACAGAGGCUAAAGAACGAUGGUCUGAGUUGACUGGAUCCAAGGAAGGCUUCUACUUGAGCCAUCAAAUUAGGAACAACAAACAAACUGCUAUUCUCGCAGUAGCUGUUGAUAGUGGCAAGAAGAAAACUGAUAAAAAAGAUCAACUUUACAUGCUUUAUCGACCCAAUACUGGACUUCAAUUAAGACAAGAGAGUCUUGGUGAACUUGAAAAGAAAUACAAGAAAGUUAAAUUAGAAGAGGCUGAGCCACAUUGGACGCAACAGUAUGAUGCUUCGGUGGACACUUGUUCGCACGCUUACUGGCGAGGGAACUGUAAAAAUGUAACUCUUGGCAUGGACUGUGAAGUUGGUCUUCGACGUAGAUCAUAUAAUGUCCUAGCUGGUUCUGUUUUGAGUGUCUGGAGUCGUGUUGAAAGCACUCUUGCUGCACGAUCUGGACAAAAUUCCAAAAUGCAAGUUUUGCGUUUACGAACCGAUGAUGGACUGAAAAUUGUCGGCACGUUAAUUCCUAAAUUAUGUUUGGAACCGUUGGUGGAGGCUCUAUCUGCAGACGCUGAAAAGACAGAAGAGCAAGUUUUUUGAACAUCCUUUCAUCUUAAUAAUAGUGAGGGAUCAAAAAAUACUGCCGAAAAUAAGAUAUUUGCAGAUAAUAUUGCGUUGGAAUCUGUUAUUAAGAAGCCGUUUAAAUUAAUAAAUACAACAGCUGAAAAAUAUAAAAAGUUCACAGUAUUGGGUCGUAUAUUUGGUGCAAUUUGCCAAUUAAUUAAUACAUUAAUGGAUUUAUCACUGAAUCUGCGGUACAGUCAAACUGUAUGCACAAUAAUAACAAAAAAAAAAAUAAUAAAUUAUACCUAAAAGAAUAAAAUAAAAGUUACAAAUAACAAAAAUUCCCGCGAUAUCGCUUUUCAAACAAUAACAUCGCGCGUUGCUUAUCGUGAUAGAAGUUAAGUAGUUAGUUGCCUUGUUUUUUUUUUCUUGUUUAUUAAUUCGUUUUUUUUUUUUUUUUUUUUUUUUUUAUAUAGAUUUUUUAGAUUUUUUAUUAUGAACACGACGCUCACACUAGCGCGCGCGAUUGAUGUCAAGCUCUUCUAAUAAAUUACACUUAUGCACGCCUAAUUUGCUAACUUUUUUUUUACGCUUUGAUGCGCAAGAAUUAUGUUUAAAAAACAAUUAUUUCGUAUUUAAUAAAACAAUUAGACAUGAAACAUUAGAUUCUAGUGUAAACUUUUAACAUAUAUUAUUUUCUAUUUUGUUAAAAAAAAUUUUUUUUAGGUUUUGUCGUAAUGAUUCCAAUUUUGGCUGGAUGGUGAUAGCAUUAUAGUAUUUCUUAUAUAAUAUAUUAUAUUAAUUUUCAAUUUAAAAAUACAAACAAACAAAUGAAUUAUAAUUAUUAAUUAAUUAUUGUGCUAAAUGAUAAUUAAAAACAAAAUGAUCCACCAAUAAAUAUUAUAACUACAAUUUUUAGUGAUUAGAUUCAAUUAUAAACAUGAUAUAUUUAUAUUAAAAAAAAAAAAAAAAAAAUGAAUGAAUGAAAGAAAAAGAAAAAAAUCAUUUAACCGAAGACUAAUGUCUGGCGAUUUAUCCAACUAUAUGUUUUAUUUUAAUUUAUGAUAAUAAAUUUAUUUAUACUUGUAUUUGACUGGUAAUUUUCGUUGUUGUAUGGAAUGAAAAAUUUUUUCUUUUUCUAAUUGUAUACGAUAAAAUACAAAGCAUAGAAAUAAAUAAAUUACAGUAAACUGUACUAUUUAAAAGUUGAAAAAUAAUAUACAUAUUCUCAAAAAAUAAUUUCAGAAUUAUAGUAAUAAUAAUAAUAUUUUUAAUUUAUCUUUUCGAUAUCCAUUAAUCAUAGAAACAAAUUGCGUAUGUUAUUUACGCAUUGUAAUUUCAGAACACUUCCAUGGUCCAUGAGUGAUAAUUGUUAAGACGUAGAACAUAUCUGGUAUUAGAUUAACUAAUAUUUAAUUACACUAACGUAAUAAAUUAUCCUGAUUUGGUUCGAAAAUAAUUUAAUUAAUUACUUAAAAAAAAAAAAAAAAAAAAAAACAAUAUUUAUGACAAAUAGCACAUAUAUAUGUAUAUAAAUUUAUGUACAUGUAUAAACAUACCUGCGAAUAUUAAAGCAAUUAUCCAUAGAAACUGGAGUGAUUUUAUCUUGGACAUUCUAGUUAAAAAUUGCCGCAUAUUUUUUUAUAAGUGUGGUACAAAAUCAUUCUACAAGUAUGUUAAUUAUUUUAAUGAGAUAUUUUUAUUUUAUUAUCCAUACUACAGAUUCGUAGAAUUAAUUUAUUAUUAUUUAUCAUCGUAUAAAAUAUAUGUACAGUUGCUUCUUUUCAUAAUCAUUAUCCUGUGCUUAAUAUUUUCUUACCGUAAAAUUUUUUUCUUUUCAAUAUUAUUUUAAAUUAACACUUCGAUUCAUGAAUUUCGUCACCGCUUCACUAAUAAAAUUGUUAGAUCACAAGAAUUACUGACAGCUUUAAAUUAAUUAUAAACAUUUAAAGAUAAAUUAUUUUUAAUGGAAA